UAACUACACCUGGCUUUAUUUCCAAGUAGUCUGCUCUGAGCUCUACCACCAGGGCAGUCCAGAACCUUCCGAUCAGGCACCAUGGACACAAUGCUGCCUGUCCUGCUGUCCCUGCUACUCCUUCUGGGGCCUGCAGUCCCUCAGGAAACCCAAGCUGGGUCUUACUCUCUGAGCUUCUUCUAUACUGGGCUCUCCAGGCCCAGGGACGGCUUCCCCAGCUUCCAGGCCACAGCCUACCUCAAUGACCAGGAUUUCUUUCACUAUGACAGUGAAGACAGGAAGGCCAUACCCCAGUACCCGUGGAGCCAGAUGGAAGGAAUAGAGGACUGGGAGAAGGAGAGUGAACUUCAAAAGGCCAGGGAGGAGAUCUUCAUGGUGACCCUGAAGGACAUCAUGGACUACUACAAGGACAAAGAAGGGUCUCACACCUUUCAGGGAAUGUUUGGCUGUGAGCUCCAGAAUGACAAAAACAGCGGAGCAUUCUGGAGGUACGCCUAUGACGGAAGGAACUUCAUCGAGUUCAACAAAGAAAUCCCAGCGUGGGUCCCCCAGGACCCUGCCGCUCUGAUCACCAAGCAGAAGUGGGAGGCAGAAGAAGUGUACGUGCUGCGGGCCAAGGCCUACCUGGAAGAGGAGUGCCCCGCGAUGCUGCGGAGGUACCUGCAACACGGCAAGACCUACCUGGACCGACAAGAUCCUCCCUCCGUGUCCAUCACCAGCCACGGGACCCCGGGAGAAACUCAGACACUCAAGUGCCGGGCUGAUGGCUUCUACCCACGAGAAAUUGAGCUGCACUGGAUUCAGGGGGGCGAUACACAGGAGACUGAGUCGGGGGGAGACGUGCUUCCCAGCGGAAACAGCACUUACCAGUCCUGGGUGGUAAUGUCAGCUUCCCCGCAGGACGGAGCCCCGGACUCCUACUCCUGCCGUGUGAAGCACAGCAGCCUGGCCCAGCCCCUCACUGUGCUGUGGCCUGGAGCGAGGGCUGACGGCUCCAAGGGCCCCCGGGGACAGGAGCCACCCCACCUCAUGGCAGGAGAGACGAGCUAGGGGUCCGAGCUAGGGGUCCGGUGGUGAGUUCAGACACUCGGAGGAGGGAAGACUCAAGUACCGGCCCCUGAGCUGACUCUGGGCUGAACUGACUUGCGAAG